UAUGAACCAUGGGAAUUGUAGUUCAAGUCAUGGCGUGUCUCUGCGCAUUCAGCAGAAGCUACACAAGUCUCUCCUGUAAUUCAUAUGAACUACCAUCCCAGCGUGCGCAUCUGAUGUACACAUAUGGCGGAGAGCUAUGACUGAGGAUUUUGAUGAAGAAGUUGUGUUCGAGAACUCUCCGCUGUUCCAGUACUUGCAGGAUCUAGGACACACAGAUUUUGAGGCAUGUUCUCCCGUUUCUCAGGAGGAGGAGUCCAGCGCUGGUGGAGAGGAGGCACCGUUUCCUCAGGAUAUCCUCCCGUCUCACAAAAAGGGUGGUGUUUGGAGGCUGGUUGAUGCUCUGCGCAGUCUGAGUCCUCUGCAUCGAGACAGCGCCACCCGUUGGCAGGAGCAGCAGCUGGACGCUGCCUUCCGCCAGUAUUCUCUGCGCUGUCUGUUAUCUCAGGACGUGCUGUUGCAGGAGGACGUCGAGCUGAUCGAGCUUCUGGAUCCGAGUGUGCUCUCUCUGGGCUCCACUGAUACUGUCUGCCCCAGUGCCAGCACUGCUAUUCCAGCGCCAUGCUACCUCUCGCCACCCUCUAUAUGGGAUGUGUCCGUUUUGGUCGGGCUGCUUGCUGUCCUGCUCGGCCUGCGCUUUUCGUACCCUGACCACGAGCAGGCUCUGUGGCUGUGUGCCGUCCUGGUGUGUGUUAUGUGUGCGUGUCGCGGUCUGUCUCUGUGGCGUAAGGCAGUUCUACAGCGCCACGUCCAGUCUCUAGCCAUCCAGAUGGAGAAUUUGGUGAACAACAGCCGAGCGCUGACCAGUCUCUCUCGCAAAUCUCUGCGUCUCAUGCAGGAGACAGAGGUCAUCUCACGAGGAUUCACACUUUUACUCGACAGGGUGAGUGGCGCCUGUCCCUUUAACAGGGCGGGACAGCUUCGGAGUCAGCAGCUGAUUGGUCUAAGGAAGGCGGCCUAUCAGAGUCUUCGCUGCGCGUUCCGAGCUUCUCGUCUCGCCACAUGCAUCAUGCUCAAAUCAUUUCCGCUGAACUCAGAGAUUGACAAUGUCACCAACUACGUGUCCACCGUGCCGAUCAGAGAGCUAGGUCUCGGUCUGGGGGUGGAGCAUCUUUCUGAUGAGCAAGCACAAGAACUGACCAAUGAAUACAGCCUGCCUGCACUUAAGACGUUGUUCCAGUUGUGGGUCGGGCAGAGCUCAGAGUUUUUCCGCCGAUUAGCUCUGCUGCUGUCUCCAGGGAGGGAGGAGCUAGAUUCCAGGCCACGCCCCCUCACAUACAGUAGCGUCCCUUUGAUUACUGACUCUCUUCAUCGCACCCUGGCCGGUUGCCUUGGUGAUCUUCAGCGCAGCUAUGAUUUCCAUCGCUACUUUGAGACGCAGCACCAGUCGCUGCCCUCAGGAAGAAACGGACGGGCUCAACAGAAGUGUAGAGAGCUCAAUUCUCUGCAUACGUCUGUCCGCAGUUUACAACUUCACCUGAAAACACUCUUAAAUGAGGUUAUAAUUCUGGAGGAUGAUUUGGAAAAGUUAAUGGUUGCUAAAGAGACGGAAGAGAUGACAUGUGCUGGAUAUCAGGACCUGAGGGAGCGUUUGCAGCUGCUGCAGCCACACAUGCAGGCCAGCACCUGCUGCUGGGACGACACGCUCUCGCAGGUCGACCGCAUGCUACGCCGGGUCUCCAGCCCCCCAGAGAGUUCAGAUCAGCCAGAGGAAACAGCUGCCCCAGAUCCUCCUCCUGCCGCCCCCAUUACACACAUACAGGACAGAGACCCUGUCCCUGAGGAACAGGAACUGGAAGCGUAUGUCUCGGACUCUGACUCUGAGACGGAGUGGAGAGGAGCUGUGGACAUGCUGUCGCCAUGGGAACAGGAGCGCCAACGUCGUGAACGUGAGGAGUCGAGACGCGUUUUACUCGAGCUGAAAUCCGUCCUGGGAAUUCGAACGUCAGAUGGAGAGAGGGACAAACGCAAGCUUCUGCUGUUCAGUGAUCAGGCUGCUCUGGCUCCAUUUGCUAAGGACACAUCAGAAACAGACACAAACUCUUUAGAGCCACAUAUUUCAGUGGAGUCCAUGACUACCACAGGCAACCAUUUCUCCCAACAAGGAGAGGAGAAUGAAAGCGAGCAGCAGACUGAAAUUCUGAGUGGGGCGGAUGGAGCGAAAGAUUCUGAGACUGAAUUUUGCUGUGGAGAUUCGGAUGUAACUGGGGCAGCUAAAGACACCGCUGAGGAGACUGCAGAGGAAACGCAGCUCUUCCAAUCAGAUGGGCUCAUAGAUGAUGGGACACACCCACUCACACCCCGAGUGCCCACCCUCUCUGUGAUUGACAGAUUGACAGAAAUGCAUGGCUCAGAAGCAAUCAGUUUCAGCUCCGCCCUGGCCGCCCAGGUAGCAGCGCGUUCGCAUACGUUCACACACAUGCAGGAAAGCACCUAUGGGGACUCAGAUGAGGAAGACGAAGUGACAUCACAGCAGAUGAGAGGAACUGAGGAGGACUGAAAAAGGAGGAUAUUUAUUCUCAUCUUUUUGGUUGUAUUUAUUGAGCUUGAUUUCAGGUCAUAGACAUCAUUGGAUGUAACUGGUGUGUGUGCGUCUCUGUUUUAAAGUGUGUGUGUGUGUGUGUGUGUGUGUGUGUGUGUGUGUGUGUGUGUGUGUGUGUUUUUUGGGGGAUUUAUGUUUCAUGUGGCAUCCCAUGUCCACCCUCCUCAUGACAGGCCUCAGGUACAGACUGGCACAUGCUAGUACUCAAAAUAACAGACCAAAACCUAAACACACAGUAACUAACACAAACUCACAUGUGCAAAACUACAUGUCCUUGGCCAUGUUUUGUUUUUAUUCACUGUAACAGAGGUCCCACACUAAAUAACCAAAACAUGAAAUUAAAAUGCCUAAAAAGUCAGUUAUAUUGUGUAAAUCUCACAAAGCCCGCCCAUCAAGAAUAUGUCUGAGUCAUAUUUCACCCCAACAUUAAAAGGAAAAAACAAAUUAUAUUAAGAAAAUGAAGUCUAUUUUAGAUCUUGUGCAUUGUGACAUUUUUCAUGACAAUUAUGCACAUUUCCCCCAAAUUAAAUCUCAUUCUCAUUACCGCAAUGCAAAAUAAAGUUUUCCUUAGUGUAAUGCAGAAAAUGCAAUUUAUUUUAAAUGUAUACAAUAGAUUUUUUAAAUCAGCAGUGAUUGUACAACAGAAUGUAUAAAUAUUUUCUGGUAACAUCUUUUUUGCAGUAUGGUAAUGACAAUUUAAAUGUGUAUAUAUAUAAAGAGAGCGAGUAUAUGUUUGUAUUAGAAUUUUUUCUGUAUUGCAGUAGAGAAGUUAUUGUUUUUUUUAUUUACACUACACUAUUGAUUUUUUUUUUUUCCCCCAUUACACUAAUAACAGUUUUACUUAUUUUUGGAGUGCGGUACUGAGAAUGAGAUUUUUUUUUUUUUUUUUUCAACACUGCGGUAAUAAAAUCUUUUCCCCCCAGUACACUAAUGACAAUUUUAUUUCUUUAUUUAGAAUUGCGGUAAUGAGAAAAAAAAAAAAGUAAUUCUCAUUACUGCAAUUCAAAAUAAAUAAAAUCAUCAAUACCCUAAUGUGACAAAAAUCUCAGUGACAUUAGGGUAUUGACGAUUUCAUUUUAUUGUUUUUUUUUUUACCACAUUGCGGUAAAAUCUUUUCCGCCAAGUACACUGACAAUUUUAUUUAUUUAUUUAUUUAGAAUUGCGGUCAUGAGAAUGAGAUUUUUGUCACAUCAGGGUACUGACGAUUUUAUUAAUUUUGAAUUGCAGUAAUGAGAAUGAGAUUUUUUUCUUUUUUUUCUUCACAUUGCGGUAAUAAAAUCUUUUCCCCCAGUACACUAAUGACAAUUUUAUUUAUUUAUUUUGAAUUUCAGUAAUAAGAAAGCAAAUUUUUUUUUUUCCUCUUCACAUUAUGGUAAUGAUAAUCUGGGUAAAUAAUAUCAAGUAAAUAAUGCACAAAAUCUUAAUGGUACCAAAAAUAGGCUUCCUUUUCUCUAUGCUAAUUUUUAUUUUAGCUGAAAUAUGACCCAUGCAUGAGAUUCACACCAUUAAUUACAAAAAGAAAAAGGCGAAGUUAGUACUGACAUCCUACUGGAUUGCAGCUGGUAUGUUGUCCUUGAAAAGACAGUAUCUCUCCUGAAGUGAAGCCUCCUUUUUGUAUGUUUGUUUUUGUGAGGCCAUUCUUUAGGGAAAUAAAUAGCUGCCCUGAUUUCAUUUAUGCAUCAAACUUUGACGUUUUCUGUUCGGGCACAGCUGGCGUUUCACCACUGUCACAUCACAAGGUUAUUGCUUAAGUAAUUUUAAAAGUUUUAAAAUAUACUUGUUACCAGUUUCAAACUUUUGAACUGCCUGAAAUUGACUAUGUGAUUGGAUUUCCUUUUUGUUUACCUUUACAAAUACUGAUUUAAAAAUGUUCUAAAAUAAUGAUCAAGGCUGCUUCGUCCUUCAACACAAAACCCAGUUUUAAUUUAAACCCUCUUGUAACUCUUAACACUGUGGAAAAGGUACCAAGCUACAGUUUAACUUGCCUUAAACACUUUUCCCUUGUAAGGACUGUUGCACUUUACAACUAAAGUUAAAUGUUAUAAUGAGACUUAGAAUGUCAGUGACUAUGUUAUAAGACCAGACAGCAAAACCUUUAGAUAUAACAACGUUUGUGUGUGAAUUGUAUGAUGUUUUUAUGUCUAACAUUCUUAAUUUUCCCCCAUGCAUAUAUGCAUGACUUCAAGACUCUCAAACAAUUGUCUUGGCCAUGUUAGAGACUGUCUGUGUUUGUCCUCACUCAACACCAGUUUUGCCUUUUUUUUUUUUUUUCUUUUCUUUUUUUCUCUUUUUUUUUUUUAAAGGUUCAAGUUUUUCCUCACUCCAAAAGUGGCAAUCUUGCAUUUCAUUUGUGAAAUAAAGUACAUGUACAUAUGUG